AAUAUCUCGUGCUUAUACCAGACCACCUAUUUCUUCCUUAGACUAAUCUUGUUACAAUGGCCAUGAAACCCGUGAAGUACUGUGUGGUGGAUGCCUUCACUGAAGCAGCAUUCAAAGGGAACCCAGCAGCAGUUUGCUUACUAGAAGAAGAGAAAGAUGACAAAUGGUUACAGUCUGUUGCUACUGAAUUCAAUAUGUCUCAAACUGGUUUUCUCACUCCACUAAUUACUUUAUCUAAGGCUAACCCCACAUUUGGCCUUCGUUGGUUCACUCCAGUUACAGAGGUAGAUCUAUGUGGACAUGCAACACUAGCAGCUGCACACUUUCUAUUUUCCUAUGGCAUAGUUAAAACUGAUACCAUUGAGUUCUCAACAAAGUCAGGAAUCUUAACUGCCAAAAGAGUAGCAGAAGCCAAAGCUUCAAAUUCUCAGGACGAUUGGCCAACAGGUUACUCAAUUGAAUUGGACUUUCCUGUUGUCCAAGUAGCCGAGAAGAAUUCUGCUGAUGUUGCUGCAAUUUCUGAAAGCUUGAAUGGUGCAUCUGUGGCUGAGAUCAAUGAGACAUCUCAGGGCUAUUAUGUUAUAUUGCUCCCGUCAGGAGAGGCAGUGGCGGAAUGCAAACCUCAGUUUGCUCAAAUAAUGAAUUGCCCUGGCGCUGGCAGAGGAAUAAUAAUAACUGGACCUGCUCCAACGGGUUCUGGCUUUGAUUUCUAUAGUCGCUACUUCUGGCCAAAGUUCGGAAUCAAUGAGGAUCCUGUUUGUGGAAGUGCUCAUUGUGCUUUGGCUCCUUAUUGGCGUAAAAAGCUUGGCAAAUGUGACUUUGUUGCUUUAUCGGCCUCAACUAGAGGUGGCGUUGUGAACGUGCAUCUAGACGAGGAGAAUCAGAGGGUAUUUCUGAAAGGGAAAGCUGUUGCUGUCAUGGAAGGUACUCUUCUCGUUUAAUGUACGAGUGGAAAUCCAUGAUUUUCAUUCAUCGCGCGGAUACUAUAUAUCAUAAAUUAAAUAAAGUGGUGCAAGUACGUGUAAUCUAUAUUGGUUUUUCCUAUG